UGAUGAGGGUUACAUAAUGAGCAGCCCCCGAAGGAACGGGAAUAACAGCUGUGCAUUUUCCAACUGUAGCAAGAAUGACAUCGCCGACUUUUUGACGUGGCGAUAUUCAAAAUGUCUAUUUCGAAAAGACGUAUGCCACGUCAUUUCUUUACCAAACAAGGCGGCAGACCUUCCAGGGGAUGUUAUAGAUGGGCAAACAUUCUGUAAGGAAUACUACAGGGAACCCAGAUACUUGAACUCCACUUAUAUAAAGCUUCAAUCCGACCUAGAGCAGUGCGUAUUUCGCUGCUUGGUACACGAUACUUACAGCCAUGCGAAGAUGCAGAACCGCACGUCUUUUGCGAUAGAUGGGACACCCUGCUCUGAAACUGAACCGCAAAAGAUAUGCCACAACAUGGUCUGUGUCAAGCCCUAGUAAAAUAGUGGACGUUUCUGAAAGAACAAACGUGCAGUUUGCACUUCACCAAGCAGAUUGCCACCCCCUGUCGCAUUUAGCCAAGCAGAUUGCCAUUCCCUGUUCGGAAUAAAGGUGUUUUUUGUAUAAAGAA